AUGUCAGCAAUCGUCGUUACCGCCAUCGUCACGCCCAAGGCUGGCCAACCGGUCGAUCAGAUCGAGAAGAUCCUCGCCGAUCAUGCUGCCUGGGUGCAGCAGAACGAGCCAGGAACCCUUCGCUAUGCUUUGCACAAGUCCAUUGGCGACGGCCCGACCGUCUUCACCAUGAUCGAAACGCAUGUCUCCGUGUUCCCGCCCUUCAUUCGGACAGUGGCUUACCCAAUGGCGUUCAGGUACAAGGACAAGGCCGCCAUCGAUGCCCACUCGCAAUCACCUAGAUUCAAGGAGGUGGCCCCACAGCUUGCCACCAUGGUAGACAUGCAGCUCUACGUGUCGCAGCCGGUUGGCGGGUUUGAAUCCAGGACUAUGGAAAGUUCCAAGAUAUAA